AUGUCUGCCAAAGAGUCAUCAUUCUCUGCUUUUGAGGCAGAUGCCGAGCCACGAUCAUCAAAAUCGUUCAAGCAGAGAUGCCAUAAUGCAAGCUCAGUAAGAGGGUAUAGCAGCUCUUCUUCCACAAAUGCAUCUCCAUCGAACGCAUCGAGAAAAGCAAGUCGUGCUGGAUGGGCAUUUGCUGGAUCAGCAUUAUUGAUAGCAGGACUGAUGUCUACUCGUUUCAUUCCAGAUCAAAAGCUAUCAUGUGAAGCAAAAUCAUCACCUCCAGAGCUCCAGAGCUUACCAGAUAUAUCCAAACUGGAUCCUGCGGUGAUUGAAGACCCAAACGUAUCAAUGCGGAAACGUAUGGAAACGUACGUUAAGCUAUUACAACGUAGAAUUGUUGACACUCUUGGUAAAGAAGAACCAAAAGCAAAGUUCUUCGUGGACACUUGGUUACGUAAAGAAGGAGGAGAAGGUAUCUCAUGUGUGGUGCAAGAUGGAGAAACGUUUGAAAAAGCAGGAGUGAAUAUCAGUAUCGUACAUGGCUUCUUACCACCCCGAGCCAUCGAACAAAUGUCUGCAGAUCAUUCUGGCCUGAUAGAUACGAUCGGAUACAAAUUGGGAUCUAAGUCAGGAGAAAAGGCUGAUGUAAAAGGUUUACCAUUCUUUGCAACUGGUCUAAGUCUUGUGAUUCAUCCACGUAAUCCAUUCGCUCCAACAGUGCAUUUCAAUUAUCGCUACUUCGAGCUUGCACAUCCACCCAAACUUCAAGAUGGCUCACCCAAUCCAAAGUAUGAUCCCGCCAAUCCUGACAAGCCAGCUGUUUGGUGGUUCGGAGGAGGUACAGAUCUAACGCCGAUUUAUCUAUUCGAUAGUGAUGUGACCCAUUUCCACAAUACGCUCAAACAAACCGCAGAUGCUCACGAUCGUCACUUUUAUCCGGUUUGGAAAGCAUGGUGUGAUACGUACUUUUUGAUCCCACACAGAAAUGAAUCGCGAGGAGUUGGUGGUAUUUUCUUUGAUGAUCUCAAUACAACAGCCAACACACCUCAACCCGUGGAAUUGUCUCAUGGUAAUGCAAAGAAUCCCGAUUCAUUACCGCAACAGACUGAGCUACCACAUACGCGGGAUUCUUUGUUUGCAGCCGUUCGUGCAUUAGGAGAUGCAUUCUUGCCUGCCUAUUUACCAAUCUUACAAGUACGUAAAAGGAUGCCAUUCACAGCAGAGGAUGAAGAAUGGCAAGCGAUAAGGAGAGGACGUUAUGUAGAGUUCAAUUUGGUGUAUGAUCGUGGUACCAAAUUUGGAUUACAAACGCCUGGAGCGAGAAUCGAAAGCAUUUUGAUGAGCUUGCCAUUGAAGGCAAGAUGGAUUUACGGUCAUCCUGUCAGUGGAAUGCAAAAACCAGAAGAGGGCAAAACGGAAGAAUGGCAAGCGGAAGGCAAGAAAGAAGCCGAACAAGCUCGAUUGAUGGAGGUUUUACGAUCACCCAAAGAAUGGGCCACAAAUUAA